GGAGGAGGAGAGGGCAGCAGCGCUCCGCGGCCGGGGUGGUUCAGUUGGAGCGCGGCGAGCUAGCCGGCAGGCGCGCCGCCCCCUCCCCCGGUCGGCCUCCCCAACUCUGCAGUCGCGAGCAAAGUUUGCUAAGCGGCGCGCGAGGCGGCGGCCGCGGGCAGGCGGCCGCGGGGAAGGCGCGUGGUCCCGGGGUUGGGGGCGGGGGCGGGCGGGGGGGCGGUGGCGGCCAGCAUGCUGCCCCGCAGCGCCCUGCCCCGCCUGCUGCUGCUGCUGCUGAGGCCGCCGCCACAGCUGCUACUGCUGUUGCUGCUGCCCGCUGUCGGGCCGGCCCAGUUCCACGGCGAGAAGGGCAUCUCGGUGCCGGACCACGGCUUCUGCCAGCCCAUCUCCAUCCCGCUGUGCACGGACAUCGCCUACAACCAGACCAUCAUGCCCAACCUGCUGGGCCACACGAACCAGGAGGACGCGGGCCUCGAGGUGCACCAGUUCUACCCGCUGGUGAAGGUGCAAUGUUCGCCCGAGCUGCGGUUCUUCCUGUGCUCCAUGUACGCGCCCGUGUGCACCGUGCUGGAGCAGGCCAUCCCGCCGUGCCGCUCUAUCUGUGAACGCGCCCGCCAGGGCUGCGAGGCGCUCAUGAACAAGUUCGGCUUCCAGUGGCCCGAGCGGCUGCGAUGCGAGCACUUUCCGCGCCACGGAGCCGAGCAGAUCUGCGUGGGGCAGAACCAUUCGGAGGACGGGGCGCCGGCGCUGCUCACCACUGCGCCACCACCGGGGCUACAGCCGGGCGGCGGUGGCACCCCCGGAGGCCCGGGAGGUGGAGGCGGCGGGACGCCCCCGCGCUACGCCACGCUGGAGCAUCCGUUCCACUGCCCGCGCGUCCUCAAGGUGCCGUCAUAUCUGAGCUACAAGUUCCUGGGUGAGCGCGAUUGCGCAGCACCCUGCGAACCUGCGCGGCCUGACGGCUCCAUGUUCUUCUCGCAGGAGGAGACGCGCUUCGCGCGCCUCUGGAUACUCACCUGGUCUGUGUUGUGCUGUGCUUCCACCUUUUUCACCGUCACCACUUACCUGGUGGACAUGCAGCGUUUCCGCUACCCGGAGCGGCCCAUCAUCUUCUUGUCCGGCUGCUACACCAUGGUGUCGGUGGCUUACAUCGCCGGCUUCGUGCUGCAGGAGCGCGUGGUGUGCAACGAGCGCUUCUCUGACGACGGCUACCGCACCGUGGUACAGGGCACCAAGAAGGAGGGCUGCACCAUCCUCUUCAUGAUGCUGUACUUCUUCAGCAUGGCCAGCUCCAUCUGGUGGGUGAUCCUCUCGCUCACCUGGUUCCUGGCGGCUGGCAUGAAGUGGGGCCACGAGGCCAUCGAGGCCAACUCGCAGUACUUCCACCUGGCCGCCUGGGCCGUGCCUGCCGUCAAGACCAUCACCAUCCUGGCUAUGGGCCAGAUCGACGGCGACCUGCUGAGCGGCGUGUGCUUCGUGGGCCUCAACAGCCUGGACCCGCUGCGGGGCUUCGUGCUGGCGCCGUUAUUCGUCUACCUGUUCAUUGGCACCUCCUUCCUGCUGGCGGGCUUCGUGUCGCUCUUCCGCAUCCGUACCAUCAUGAAGCACGACGGCACCAAGACCGAGAAGCUGGAGCGGCUCAUGGUGCGCAUCGGCGUGUUCAGCGUGCUCUACACCGUGCCCGCCACCAUCGUUAUCGCCUGCUACUUCUACGAGCAGGCCUUCCGCGAGCACUGGGAGCGCUCCUGGGUCAGCCAGCACUGCCGGAGCCUGGCCAUCCCAUGCCCCGCUCACUACACGCCGCGCAUGUCGCCCGACUUCACCGUCUACAUGAUCAAAUACCUCAUGACGCUCAUCGUGGGCAUCACCUCCGGCUUCUGGAUCUGGUCCGGCAAGACGCUGCACUCAUGGCGCAAAUUCUACACGCGCCUCACCAACAGCCGGCACGGCGAGACCACCGUGUGAGCAGGACAGGGGCCUGGGAUGCUUGGCUUCCCUUUUUUUUUUUUUUUAAGUAAUAAUAAAGGACGGUCGAACCGUUUCUUUCCUUUUUUUUUUAAGUCGCUUUUUUUAUAUUAGGAAAACAACCUCCCCACCCCCCGCGCCCCAGGUUUGUAACUAAAACUGUAAAUAAUCUUUGUAAAUUGAAUUACAUAUUUUCUAUUUAAAAGGAAAAAAACAGCAGCCAGGGCGGCCAGGGUAGAAGGCUUGUGGUGGCAGGUGGGGGUUGGGAGACGGCGGCUUUCUUUCUGCUGAGGGGCUGGGGUCCUCUUGCUUCAGUACCCUUUUCACAAGCGGCACAUCGGGUUCGGGUCUGGGUGAUUUGGGCGCAGGGCUGGGGGACGGGUUUGUUUCUUUGUGAUUGGGCAGGG